AUGGCUCAUCAAGUGGUCUAUCGCCAGUUGCUGGCUUCCAGGCACCGCCUGAAUGGGCUCUUUUCCGCUGUUGCUCACAGAGGGGCAGCAGCGUUGAGUGGCAGGGACAGUUAUAUUGGCCAACAGUUGUGCACUGUGCAUGGCAUACCCAGUGCAGGCCCUGCAGCUAGGGUGUCCGCAUCAAAUGGGGAACCCCUGGAGGGUCUGUGCGACGAUGAUGACAAGGAGUACCUUGUGUGGGGGCAUGAGGACACUGGGGACGGGGAGGCAAACAGUGUGAUGACUUUACAACCUGAAGAGAAUCAGGAUGACGAUCGACUGGUGGGAGACAACGCAGGGCUGAAUGGAGAUGAGCAUGGAAAGAGCAGGAUGCGACAAGGUGGCUCAGCCAUCCCGUCAGAGGAUCCGGGCUCAAAUUUGGUACAGGAUGGCUUUUCUAGUCACGUAGUGCCUCAAAGCAGUGGCAGAUCCCAAGAUGCACAGAGUUCAGGGAGUGGCACAGGCGACGAAGAAAGUCUGGAGCCCAUCGAGCAACCCACGGUCCCCGGAGUGAAGGAUACAGAGGGGACAGAGUGGGGGCAAGUUGUCCUGGAGAUUGUCAGGGAGGUCUUGAAACUCUCCAGAAUGUCGGCAUUGAGGCUGUACUCUUUCCACGCUGAAGCCCUGGGCAACAAAGUGAGCAUACGCUUAGACAAGACCAGCGACAUGUAUGGCUCUCCCAAUCUGAUUGAGAUAGAGGACUUCUCGAGAGCAGUGUACACGCGAAUGGAGUCCAGGAUGGGGGUGGAUGAGGCCGGCAAUGUAGCCCUGGAAGUUUCUUCGCCUGGUGCUGAGCGGCGAGUGAUCGUUCCGGACGAGCUUGACAGGUUCAAAGAGCUUCCCAUGACAGUCGAGUUCACGGACGAAUCAGGGUCAAUUAAAAAGGAGAUCUUCAACUUCGUGCGGAUAGGGGACUCAGCCCCUGACGAAGACGCCAUUGUGUGGAAGUUUGCAGAUGUGAGAGUCCACAGAGCAAGGAACAGAGGAAGGGGCAUGUCCAAAAAGGAAAUGCGACAGACCCAUACACUGUUUGUGAGAAACAUAAGGGCUGUCCAUUUGUACCUAGACUUGUGA